AUGACUGAGACAGGUUCAAAAGAAAAUAAAACAGAUAAAGCAAAGAAAAAUGAGGAGAAAAACGAACCCAUCCACCGACCGACAGCUAUAGUACUUACUUACCCGGUGUUAUCAGCAUUUGGUGGCGGCAGAAGGCUUUUCAACGCCACACGUGAGGAGAAUAUGGAGGCUUUGGUAGAAGAUGCUGUAGCCCUGGCCAUAUCUACAUUUGUGACUGCAGGCAUAGCUAUGCUGUUGACUACACUAGGCGUUGGGCUUAUUAACUGGAGUGCUCUAAGACAGAUUACAACAAUUCGACAAUUAUUCCUGAAAGCUGUCCUACGUCAGGAUAUGUCUUGGUUUGAUACAGAUACUGAAUUUAAUCUAGCGUCUAAGAUGUCAGAGAACUUAGCGAAGUUAAAGGAGGGGAAUGGGCGAAAAACUAGGAGCCGUUUCAAACUCGCUGGGAACAGCUCGGCAGUCGCAUUGUCGAAUUAUCAGACUAAAUCGGCUACUCGUGAGAUGGAGUCGUACAGUCAAGCAGGCAAACACGCGGAGGAAAUUUUGAAAUCUGUUAGGACUGUGGCUGCAUUCGGAGGCGAAGCUAAAGAAGUCGAAAGGUAA